ACCACCACCAUGCCCUCUGCUGCCGCCCUGCUCCGAGGGCAGAUCGCCGUGUUGGACACCCAGCUACGCCCUCUCCGCCAGCAAAUCGCCGUUCUGGACGCCGAAAGGGCGCAGCUCGCUGCCCAGCUCGACGACAUCAAGUAUCCGAUCCUGACUCUCCCCGACGACGUCACGCUCCGGAUCUGGUCGUUCGUGCUCAACCCGUGGAAUCCUUUCUACGAAUACGAUGCGUUCGCGCCGGCGCAGCCGGCCAUAGUGGUGGCGAGUGUGUGCCGCGCCUGGCGGGCUCUGGCGUUGUCGACGACCGCCCCGUGGGCCACGAUCACGGCGUCGUGGGAACACACCAAGCCCGAGGAUUGCACCGCGCUGGUGUCGCUGUUCUUGCGGCGCUCCGGCAGCACGCGGCCGCUCGACGCCGACUUUCAGUUCCCCGGCGGACCCGAGCACAGUUGGACGGUUACUGACGCAUUUCGGGUGCUGCAGCCCGCCGCGGGCCGGUUGCGUCGGCUGCGCAUAUCGUUCGACGAGGACGAGUACGACGCGGUGGCCCUGGACUGCAACCUUCUGCCGGCCGCGCUGCCCGCACUCGAAGUCCUCGACCUCCGAUUCUUCAGCCUGGCCGCUGACACCGCCACGAGUAUCUUCACACCGAAACUCCGCACCCUGUGCGUUGCGUCGGCCGAAGUCGCGCUGCCUCUCGGCCUGUCGCUGGACAACCUUGUGACGCUCAUGCUUGUCCGCGUGCGGCUGCCGCAGACCGUCGAUUUGCUCCGCGAAACUCCUCGGCUGGAGACGCUCCAUCUGGCGGCCGGCCGGCCCGAGGAGGGCGGGUACGGGACCGUGGGAGGCGCAGGUGUGGUGCUCUCGCAUCUCCGCGAGCUCUGGUGCAUGCACGACAAAUGGGACGCACUCUUGGACCGCCUCACACUACCUGCCCUCGAAACGGUGACACUACGCCGUCUCCGGGACGUCGGAUCCGUAGCUUUCAUCGCCCUCAUCCAGCGCUCGGCCCCGUCCGCCCUGCGCUCCAUCACCCUGGUAGACGUCACCUCCGCCGCCGGCGGGCCGAUUAUGGCCGCGCUGCCGCCCACCGUCGCGGCCCUCAAGCUGGACAGCCUCUCCUGGGACUCCCACGGGAUCUACCUGUUCUGCCGGGCCGUCCGCCGGCGGCACUGCCUCCGCGGGCUCGAGCACCUGCACGUCGUGCAGCCGCACACCGGCCGCGCGAGCGUCUCGAGUGUCGGGAUGUGGGUCGACAUGGUCGCGGCCCGGUGGGGCGGCUGGGCCCCGCCGGAGUCCGGAGGACGACGACUCGGACGUGGAUAUGGACGCCGCGGCCGGAGACGGCCCGAAGCCCCCGGCGGCGCGCCUCAAGUCGUUCGCCCUGGAGCUCACACCGGCUGCCGACGUGGCGCCCCUCCUCGACCCGUUGCGCAGGAUGCAGGCGCAGGGGCUGGACGUUAG